AAAUAUCGAUGUUUCCAAUGCAAUAAUGGUUUUACAUCUCUAAUUUGGAGACGUAAACAAAAGCAGGCGUUAAAGAAGAAUAGCUGAGAAGAUUAGCAAAUGAGCGGUGAUUUUACUAGUUAUUGAAGUUCCACAAAACUCAAAUUUAAAUAGAAGUUCUCGCAAAAAAAUGACUUUAACUAAGACUGUAGAUCAAGCAACCAUCCUAAGCGGUGAUCGUUCCAAGCUAAAAGAUUUGCUUUGUAAUCGUUUGGCUGAAUGUGGCUGGCGUGACGAGGUACGUCUAAUGUGUCGCAAUAUAAUCAAGGAGAAGGGCAAUAACAUUAAGGUAGAGCAACUGAUUGCCGAUGUAACGCCACGCGCGCGUGCCAUUGUUCCCGAUGCUGUCAAGAAGGAGUUACUCAUGAAGAUCAAGGCUAUUUUAGCAGCUCAAGAAGGCAUUGAUUUGUAAAUAGGAAGUUAAGCGCGUACCUAGUGCUGCUUCCACUUACUAUUUUUUAUACGUAUGUACAUAACGAAAUAGUAUUUAUUGUAAGCAUGAUUUAUUGAUGAUUGCAUAAUGCGCAACUGCUGAAAUUACUGAUAGAGUUAAAUUUUUAUUUAAAGAUUCAAAAUUUUUGUAAUUAUUUUCUCCCUGUAUAGACUCAAUUUUUAAGCUCAGUAAAUUUCCUAAGUGUAUUGAUUUAGAAAAAUGCAUUUUUUGCACAUGCAAAUUCAUUUUAAACUUAGAUAAAAAAAAAUAGGUACUUAGAAUAUAUUGUGCCGCUAAAUAUUUGAGCCGAUCACUCAGUUUUGAAACUUUCAACAUUUAUAGGUACAUAUUUCUCUUUUGCCGCAAUUUAAUACUGAGAAUACGUAUGCAUAUUUUCUUACCUGCAA